AUGGCUGGCGGGCGCGCGGGGUGGCGGGGGCCGGCGGCGCUGGCGGAGCCGCGGCGGCUGAUGCGCGCAGGGCUGGGUCUUAUCGUGCUUGGCCACGGCAGCCUGGUGCUGGGUGCCAUCGUGCACGGCUCCGUCCUGCGGCAUGUGGCCCGCGCCAGCCGCGCUGUCACCCCUGAGUAUGCGGUGGCCAACGUCGUGUCCGUGGUCUCCGGGUUGCUGAGCAUCACUGCGGGCAUUGUUGCCAUCCUGGUGUCGCACAACCUGUCCCGGGCAGCCCUGCAUUGGACCUUACUGAGUGUGUCCCUGUUGAACUGCCUGCUGUCCACAGCAUGCAGCGUGGGCCUGGCGCUAGCCAUCUCCCUCACAGUUCACAGCCGUGGCAUGCGCCUUGUCACAGGCUGCAACAGCUCUGCACUGCCGGCUGACGCCCGUGCAGCCAUAGCGACCAACGACUGUCCCUUCAACACCACCCGCAUCUAUGACACAGCCCUGGCGCUCUGGUUCCCCUCCAUGGUGCUGGUGGCUGCAGAAGCUGUGCUAUCUGGCAGGUGUUGUUUGGUGGCCCUGAUCCUACAGGGCAUCGGCCCCUGUGGACGCACCUAUGGCAAAGACCAGCUGGUCAAGCCAGGUACACUGAAGGAGGGGCAACGCCUGUUUGGGGUGGCUGAGACUUGUGCCUAGUGGGAGGUGGCGCUGCAUGAGUGCUCUGAUACAGUGGGGGGUGAAGCUGUACCCUGCACCUGCCACAGGUGUAGGCAUGGGUAGGGUGGGCUGCGGGAAGAGAUAUGCUCACCCGUGUCCCUUCUGCCCCACCCC